GCUGUCAGUUCGGGGUAACAUACAGUAGGUGGCUCUGGUCAAUGUUAAAGUCUUCAAGACAUCAAACAACUUUGUUAUGCAGCCUAAGAAGCGGAGUGGAUGGCUUGGCAAACGUAGGAGCGGAAAAUAAGUUGCAGUUUAUCAGCGUUGAAAGAGAAAUGUUAGAUCAAUGCAUCCAGUUCGUGGUACGUCUUUAAAGCCUUCCACUGGAGUGAUGACUAAAGAGAGAGAUGAAGGCAACCUUGGUAAUCACCGAAGACCUGGACCUGGUCCUGGCCAUGGCUCUGGCUGUAACUUUGGGCGAGGCCGGGGCGGUGUUCCUGAAUUUGGUCGUGGUCGUGGUCGAGGCCGCGGUCGUGCAAAAGAUGCCAUCUACAGAUCUGAACAAAUCAGUGGAAGCAGUGUUGGCAGCGGAUUGUAUGGUGACUCUGCUCCCAGUUCUCCACAGGGCACUGGUUACCUAACCAGUCAGCCAGGUAAACAGACUGAUAUAAGUGGACUCCAAGAGCUUGUAGAGGGGUUUCGUGGCAGUAAAAGGAGCAACAUUCGUGCAAACAAAGGCACCAAUCAGACCCCAUCGACCUUACGUAGUGCUAACAGGCGUGGUGGCCAUCUGUCGUGGGCGGACAUGCGUCGACAGUCCCAGCGCUCCAAUUCGACUACGGAUGACUCCUCAGAACCAGAUGGAUCCCAACGAGCCUUUCUCAGUGUCAGCGGUUCUGAAGGAGGCUGGGGUGGUCGAGGCCGUGGCAGGCUUCUGGACACGACAAAUAUAAGAAAAUCUGACAGUUCGAAGAAACCUGCUGAAGACACCAGUGUUUGGAGUGGCCAAGGGCGGGGUGGGAUUUUAUAUGUCCCUGGUGUUAGUUUCCACAGUGGCCCUGGUUCUCCAGGGUGGAAACGUGGUACCAGCAACAAAGGAAUGCUAAACUCUAGGCAUGUUAUAGGAGGCCAUGCUGCUAAUUAUGCUGGCCAGUUUUCCCAGUCAUUCCAGAGAAAAGAGAUUGUAACUCACAGUUCAGACAACAAAAACUGCCUAGGGUGGAAGAAAAGCACUAAGGACAAAGAAUCCAAUAAUGAGACUAAGAAUGACAAUUUACAACUUGUCGAGAGCUUUGAGGAAAGGGUCUCCCACAUGCAAGGUAGCUUUGUACCUUACGUCCAGCAAAGUGACAGGGAGAGUGUUAGCAAUGUUGAAAACACUGAGGAUGUACCACCAGGUGUAACAGAGGGGAACAGACAAGUAAAUGACAUUAUCUCACCUACUGAAAGUGAUGAUGAGAAACUUCUGUAUCAGAGGAAACACAGCAAUGUAAAUAAUAUUGAAGAAAGUUUUCAGAAACAGUUGAUUGUUAGAACUGACAAUGCAGUUCCUGUAAACACGGAGAAGUGUGUUGUGCCCAUCAGUUAUUCCACUGAGCAGAAGAGGGGCAGAAAGGAAAUCUGUCCUCCACGUGGAGGUCGCUCUCGGGGUAUUUUGCUGUUUGGAGCAAGUUUCGGCACAGAUGGGGGUACUUCUGGCACGCGAAAUGCAGUUGCAUGUAAAAAUAUUUUCCUGUGACUGGACAUACGAUUUUUCGUUCUAAGACUGAUCAUAAAGUUAUUCAAUGAAUUCAUUGACAUUUGAGGCAUUAAUUUAUUUAUUUUGAUGUUGUACAUCAUUGCUUCAUUGACUAAGCUGUAAGCACAGGGGUAGUCUGUAUCAGUAUGAUUCAGAUAGAUAACGUUUCAUUUUCAUCAUUUGUAUUGUAAUUUCAUUUAGUCCUAAAAAAAAACAAAAUUUAGUUUAAUUAUAUAUUAUGUUGCAUAUCUCUUGACGAAAAUUGUAUAGUUCCUAAAAAUACAUUCCUAUAAAAAUUG